GCAUGUAGCCGAAGCCGACGCAUUCACAACAAAAAUAUCGUGUUUUAAACUUUUGCCAUUUUAACCCGCUUUCCCUCAAUACUUCACUUAGUUUUUUCACGAGCCGACAGAUUAACGAGUCAACCGGAGAUGGGAGUCCCGGCGUUUUUCCGCUGGCUGAGCAGAAAAUAUGCGUCAAUCAUCGUCCAUUGUGUCGAGGAGAAGGGUAAAGAAUGUAAUGGCGUCCGUAUUCCCGUCGACACGACGAAGCCGAACCCCAACGAAGUGGAAUUUGACAACUUGUACUUGGACAUGAACGGGAUCAUCCACCCGUGCACACAUCCAGAGGACAAAGCCGCCCCCAAAAACGAGGAUGAGAUGAUGGUCGCCAUCUUCGAGUACAUCGACCGCCUGUACAACAUCGUGCGACCCCGCAGAGUCCUCUACAUGGCCAUCGACGGCGUGGCUCCGCGGGCCAAGAUGAACCAGCAGCGCUCUCGUCGCUUUCGCGCCUCCAAAGAAGGCGUCGAGUUGGUGGAGGAGAAGCAGCGCAUCACGGAGGAGAUCCUCGGGAGAGGCGGUUACGUUGCGCCCGAUGAGAUCAAAGAACGCUUUGACAGCAACUGCAUCACUCCAGGAACCGAGUUCAUGGACAACCUGGCUCAGUGUCUCCGCUACUACGUCGCAGACCGACUCAGCAACGACCCGGGAUGGAAGAACAUCACGGUCUUGCUGUCUGACGCCAGUGUUCCCGGUGAAGGGGAACACAAGAUCAUGGACUACAUCCGGAGGCAGAGAGCUCAACCGAACCACGACCCCAACACGCACCACUGCCUGUGUGGAGCCGACGCCGAUCUCAUCAUGCUGGGCCUGGCCACCCACGAGCCCAACUUCACCAUCAUCAGAGAGGAGUUCAAGCCCAACAAGCCGCCCUGUGCGCUCUGCAGCCAGGUCGGCCACGAAAUCAAAGACUGUCAGGGGACGCCGAGGGAGAAGAAGGGAGAGCACGAUGAGUUCGCCGACUCGAUGCCGGUGUCCGAGCAGGAGUUCAUCUUCAUCCGGCUGUGUGUGCUGCGGGAGUACCUGGCCAGAGAGCUGACCAUGGCCAGCCUGCCGUUCCCCUUCGACUUCGAGAGGAGCAUCGACGACUGGGUCUUCAUGUGCUUCUUCGUUGGGAAUGACUUCCUGCCGCACCUCCCGUCCCUGGAGAUCAGAGAGGGCGCCAUCGAUCGACUGGUCAACAUCUACAAAGACGUCGUGCACAAAACCGGGGGCUACCUGACGGAGAAUGGCUACGUCACCCUGGACCGGGUGGAGCUGAUCAUGCAGGCGGUGGGCGUGGCCGAGGACAACAUCUUCAAGAAGCGCAAAGAGGACGACCAAGGCUUCAAGAGGAGAAUGAAAGACAAACGGAGGAGGAUGAAGGCGGAGCAGCAGCGAGGCCCCGCCCACAUGACCACGGGCCAGUUUGCCCCUCAGGCCCUGGGGAGGAGGGACCGGCCCGAGGCCGUCCAGAACCCCCGGCAUCAGGCCUUCGACAUGAGGAUGCAGCACAACAAGGAUGCUGCUCAGUCCCUGAAGGCCUCCAUAAAGAACGGUGGCAAUUCGUCUGCAGGGCCGAGCUCAGACAACAGGGGGAUGAAGCGCAAAGCCGAGGACAGCGACAGCGAGUCGGAGCCCGAAGACGACGUCAGGCUGUGGGAGGACGGCUGGAAGCAGAGAUACUACAAGACCAAGUUCGACGUGGACGUGUCCGAUGAGGACUUCAAGAAGAAGGUGGUCCGGUCCUACGUGGAGGGUCUGUGCUGGGUGCUGCGCUACUACUACCAGGGCUGCGCCUCCUGGAAGUGGUACUUCCCCUUCCACUACGCGCCCUUCGCCUCUGACUUCAAGGACAUCAAAGGACUCUUCACGGAUUUUGAGAAGGACACCAAACCGUUCAAGCCGCUGGAGCAGCUGAUGGGAGUGUUUCCUGCCGCCAGCGGCAACUUCCUGCCCGCGACGUGGAGGAGCCUCAUGAGCAGCCAGGAAUCCGCCAUCAUCGACUUCUACCCCGACGACUUCGCCAUCGAUCUCAACGGCAAGAAAUACGCCUGGCAGGGUGUGGCCCUGUUGCCUUUUGUGGACGAGCGUCGGCUGAUGGCGGCUCUGGAUGACGUUUACCCCGACCUCUCCGCCGAGGAAGAGAGGAGAAACAGUCUGGGCAGCGACGUGUUGUUCAUGCAGAAGUCUCACCCGCUCGCCGACUUCAUCCACGAACUUUACCGCACGGAAUCUCACGAGGCCACCGAGAUCCCCGCAGAGCUCUGCCACGGGAUCCUAGGGACGCUGAACCUGGACGACAACCCCAUCCUCCCAGACAGGCCGGUGGCGUCUCCCAUCCCAAUGCUGCGGGACAUCACACAGAACCACGCGAUCGGGGUGAAGUUCAGAGAUCCUCACUUUGACAAGGACUUUGUGUUCAAGGCCGUCCUCCUUCCUGGAGCCAAGAUGCCCGACAAGGUCCUGAAGCCGGGCGACUGGGAGAAGGGCAACAGGCAACCGUGGAGACCCCAGCUGGGGUUCAACUCCAACCGGCAGCAGGCGCACCUGGACCAGUCCGGCUUCCGGGCUCUGGGUCACAGCGUGAACAGAAACCAACGAGGCGGAGGACAGUACAGCAACGCCCCGCCCCCAAACAUGUACCAACAGGGGGGAUACAGAGCUGCUCACAGCGGGGGGAACCAGGCCUUCCAACAUUCUCGGGCCAACAGCCUCCUGGGAGCUCCUCCCUCCUUCCAGCAGCCUCAGUACCCGCGGCAGCAGCAGUCGUACGGAGGUCGUGGUGGAGGUCACGGUUGGGAUCGGGCCGCUCAGACGCAGCAGUCGUCGUACCAGCAGAACGCGAGCCGCGGGCCGGGGGGAGGAGGGGGAGGGGCGGCGCCCGCGGCGGGCGGGGGGGCGGCGCCGCAGACGGGCAGCGGCUACCAGCAGCGCUUCGACGGACAAAGAGAGGAGUGGCGAGAUCGUAGAGACGACCGCCGGGACAACCGGGGACAGCAGCACCAGGCCUACAGCUCUGGGCGGGGAGGGUACCCGGCUCCGCCUCCAUCCAGGAGAUACGAGUGGAAUUAAACUCAAAGUAAUGUUGGGGGGCUGUUUUCAUUUUAUUGUCUUCUUUUACAAUUGAAUGAGUGUUUUUCUUCUUUUCUUUGUAUUCCGUAUAUGUAACUUGUGAUUUUUAAGAGCCGCCUGUAGCGCUUGAGACGAGACGGAUUUCUCCAAAGAGUUGAAAACAGAAUGAAAGCAACUGAAACUGUAAUAAAAGAAUUACAGUGGC